AUGACCGAACAAAAAGCAAAACGUAUUCGUUCAAUGAAUUGGGAUGAAGAAGAAAGGGUAAGUUUAAUAAAUUUAAAUAGCAGACCUAGGGAUUUAAGACAAUUGCAGACCCAAUGGAAACACAUGAAAAUGAAUGCCAGCAAGGUGUACAGCGAUUAUAAUCGAGAACUUAAAAAGACAGGAGGUGGACAGGGACCCACAAUUCCAGAUGAGAUAGUGAUGGAGAUUAAAGACAUCAUGAAUCCUGCAGAUUUGUUGAGAGAUUAUAAUGUAUAUGAUUCUGAUGACCCUGUAACACAAUUAUCAACCUAUGAAAUGGAACCAAUUACUAGUGAAGAAGUGGACACCCAAUUAAAGAGUGAAGAAUUUACAGAGGUGGAGAGUGAACAGGUAGAGAUUGAAGAAAUGAAACAGGUUAGUUGA